AGGGGUUCUUUUUGUUUGACUGACCAUAUAAUAUUGAUUUUCCUAGUUAGUUGGGAGAUUUCCUAUCCUAUUGGUAUUAGAUUAUAAUAAGUCCUUGUCUCCUAGAAGAUGCCAGAAUAAUGCUCCUAAAUGUCCUGCACACAAAAAAACAGAUGAAGAAAAGGGAAGAAAGAACAAAGGACUGUAUCUAUGGGUGUCUGAAAACUUGUCAAAAAGUGUUGCAAGUUCUAAAAUUAUUGGUCAGUCUUAAAUUGCUCUAUCUAGACUUCCGUACUUAAAAUCAUAAUAUUAAAAUAAGUGGUUCUGCUCCUCAGUUGCUAGCAAUUACAUUCAACAGCAUGUGAAACUUGUGCACUAUAUUUCGGUUCUCAACUACAAAUCAUAAUCAGCCUUCUUGUGGUGGGCAAAUUGUUGGGUUACUUGGAUAUAUCAGUUAAUGAUAGAAGAAGUUAAUCUUUGUUUGCCAGCUUUGAUUGAAUGUUCAUCUUUGAAUCAUUUUUGGGCUAUUGGGAGAACUCGAGUUGGAAGUCGAACUUUUGAGACAAUUGGGUGUAACAGUUUUUCUGAAAGCUGGAUUAUUUAGUUUGGUCUUGUGGGAUAUUUGAGGCAGAUAAAAGGAAUCCAUUUACUGGUGGUUGUAAAUGGCUCGAGUUAAGAAAAAGCAGCGACAUCUUGGAACAAUUGAUCCUUUGUCUUUGGAUAAAUUGCUGUCUAAGAGUCCAAGUGACAGGUCCUUGAUUGGAAGGCCUGGAUUCUCAAGGAUAGUCUAUUGCAAUGAUCCUCAAAGUUCUGAAGCUGAACGACUUAGAUAUUGUGACAAUUAUGUUACAACUACGAAAUAUACAUUUGCUUCGUUUCUCCCCAAGUCAUUGUUUGAGCAGUUCAGGCGGAUUGCUAAUCUAUAUUUUCUCUUGUGUGCGUUUUUGUCUUUCACUCCGAUUUCUCCAAAUCCACCUGUCAGUAGUGUUCUACCUCUUGUGGUAGUGGUGACCGUAACAAUGGUGAAGGAAUUGGUUGAAGAUUGGAAGCGCAGGAAGCAGGAUAUCGAGGUGAAUAAUCGAAAGACUAAGGUGCACUGCGGCAAUGGCAAUUUUGAGGACACAAAAUGGAUGGACUUAAGAGUUGGAGAUAUAGUGAAGGUGGAAAAGGAUGAGUUUUUCCCUGCUGAUCUUAUCCUACUUUCCUCGAGCUAUGAUGAAGCUAUAUGCUAUGUUGAGACUACCAACCUUGAUGGGGAGACUAAUCUGAAACUAAAGCAAGCAUUGGAAGUAACUAUAGGCUUAAAUGAGGACUCAAUGUUUCAAACUUUCAGAUCUGUAAUUAGAUGUGAAGACCCAAAUGCUAAUUUAUAUUCUUUCAUUGGAAAUUUGGAUGUUGGAGGACAACAACACCCUCUUUCUUCUCAACAGCUGCUAUUAAGGGAAUCGAAACUGAGAAAUACAGAUUACAUUUUUGGAGUUUCAAUCUUCACAGGUCAUGAUACUAAAGUCAUCCAAAAUUCAGUGGGCCCCCCUUCAAAAAGAAGUAAAAUUGAAAGGAGAACUGAUGUUAUUGUUUUCUCCUUAUUUUUUUUGUUAUUUCUGCUGUCAAUAAUUGGAUCAAUUUAUUUUGGGCUGGUCACAAGUGAAGAUCUCCUUGAUGAUGGCACAGCGAUGACGAGAUGGUACUUAAGACCUGAUGAUACCACCAUUUACAAUGAUCCAAAAAAAGCUUCACUUGCUGCAGUACUGCAUUUCUUGAGAGCUGUUAUGCUGUACGGCUACCUCAUUCCUAUCUCGUUGUAUGUGUCGAUAGAGCUAGUUAAAGUUAUGCAGACGGAGUUCAUUAACAAAGAUAGACAUAUGUAUUAUAAAGAAGGUGACAAGCCAGCACAAGCCCGUACCUCAAAUCUGAACGAAGAACUUGGUCAAGUUGAUGUGAUACUUUCUGACAAAACUGGAACUUUAACGUGCAACUUGAUGGAGUUUGUCAAGUGUUCUAUUGCUGGAAAUGCAUAUGGUCAGGUGAUCACAACAGUGGAACAGGCGAUGGCUAAGAGAAAAAGGUUACCGUUAACUUGUGAGGUGAUAAAAGGAGACAAAGAGGAUGACAAUACUGUACAACAGCCGACUAUUAGAGGCUACAAUUUUGUGGAUUAUAGAAUCACAAAUGGGAACUGGGUAACUGAAGAAAGGUCAGAUGUUAUACAGGAGUUCUUUCGAGUUAUGGCUGUCUGCCAUACUGUUAUACCUGUAAUAGAUGAAGAAAGCGGAAGUAUUUCAUAUGAAGCGGAAUCUCCAGAUGAGGCAGCAUUUGUUAUUGCAGCAAGAGAACUUGGGUUUGAGUUUUAUGAGAGGACUCAAGCAAGCAUCUCCUUAAGAGAGUUAGAUCCUUUGUCGGGUGCAAAGGUUGAAAGGAAUUUUGAACUACUAGAUAUCAUAGAGUUCAGCAGCUCAAGAAAGAGGAUGUCUGUGAUUGUGAAAAACGAAGAAGGAACACUUCUACUACUUUGUAAAGGUGCUGACAGUGUCAUGUUUGAAAGGCUUGCAUAUAAUGGAAGGGAGUUUGAAAGGAAGACUAGAGAGCAUGUCAUGCGGUACGCUGAAGCUGGUUUAAGAACUCUAAUACUUGCAUAUCGUGAAGUCAAUGAGGAAGAGUACUUGGCGUUCAACAAGGAAUUCACAGUGGCCAAAAGCUCUGUUAGUGCAGAACGUGACAAAUUGGUUGAAGAAGUAGCAGAAGACUUUGAGAAGAAUCUGAUUCUUCUUGGAGCCACAGCAGUAGAAGAUAAGCUCCAAAAAGGGGUUCCUGAAUGCGUUGAAAAACUUGCUCAAGCUGGAAUUAAGUUCUGGGUAUUGACCGGGGAUAAAAUGGAAACAGCCAUCAACAUUGGGUAUGCUUGCAGUUUGCUCAGAGAAGGGAUGAGGAAGAUAGUAAUUAACUCUGAGUCUAACGGAGCAAAAGCACUGGAAAAGGUGUCAGAUAAGUCUGCCAUACACAAGGUCUUCAAAACGAGGGUUCUCCAAGACAUUAGUGAAGGGAAGGAAUUACUUUCCCUGUCCCAUGGAAGCUCAGAGGCCCUUGCUCUUAUUAUUGAUGGAAAGUCACUCAGUUAUGCUUUGGAAGAUGAUGUCAAACACACAUUUUUAGAACUUGCUCUGGGCUGUGCAUCAGUCAUCUGCUGCCGUUCAUCACCGAAACAGAAAGCACUAGUCACGAGACUAGUCAAAACAAGAAGAGGAACAACGACAUUGGCAAUUGGUGAUGGAGGAAAUGACGUUGGCAUGCUCCAAGAAGCAGAUAUUGGGAUCGGUAUUAGUGGCUUUGAGGGAAUGCAGGCGGUCAUGGCAAGUGAUAUAGCAAUAGCUCAAUUUCGCUUUUUAGAGCGUUUGCUGCUGGUUCAUGGGCAUUGGUCUUACAGGAGGAUCUCAUCAAUGAUAUGUUAUUUCUUCUACAAGAACAUAUUGUUUGGCUUCACACUCUUCUACUAUGAGGCAUACACAUCGUUCUCUGGCGAACCUGCAUAUAACCAGUGGUUUUUAACCCUCUACAAUAUCAUUUUCACAUCUCUCCCUGUCAUUGCUCUAGGAGUUCUUGAACAGGAUGUUUCUGCAGAGUCAUGUCUCAAGUUCCCUCAAUUGUACCAAGAAGGUGUACAGAACAUCCUAUUUAGCUGGCAAAGAAUACUUGGCUGGCUACUCAAUGGAAUAUUUGGUGCAACAACCAUAUUCUAUCUAUGUAUCUUCGCAUUGGAUAAUCAGGCCUUCCGCAAAAAUGGUAAAGUGGUUGGAUUUGAGAUUCUUGGAGCCACCAUUUACACUUGCGUGCUAUGGGUAGUGAAUGCUCAAUUGGCUCUUUCCAUCAAGUACUUCACUUUCAUCCAACACUUCUUCAUCUGGGGCAGCAUUUUAUUUUGGUACAUGUUUCUCUUGGCAUAUGGGGCCAUUGAUCCUAUUAUAUCUACUACAGCCUACAAAGUAUUUUCCGAAGCUUGUGCACCAUCUCCUUCUUUUUGGGUCGUGACACUUCUUGCUUCGGUGUUUGCGCUGCUUCCUUACUUCAUAUAUACUGCUUUGAGUAUGGAGUUUUUCCCAUUGUAUCAUCAAAUGCUAAUGGCUAAACUAAGAGCCGGAUAUAAUGCUACAUAGUAAGUUACUGACACAAAAUAGUAGGAUGUACAGUACAUUACGGUCCGUGACUCCGUGUGGUUAUUGGUAAUAAAUGACAAUAAUGAUAAUGAAUUCUAGUGUAGUUUUCUAAGAAAAUCUCAUGUAAAUGUCUAUGAUAAUGAAAACUAUAUCCCUAUACAUGUGGUUCUUUUUCAUAAAAUUUCAUUAUCACCGUCCUAAUCGAUAGUGGAUGAGAGAUUUUUUGAAGAAAAUAGAUGUUCUGGGGGUAGACAAGCAUUAUCCUAGAUAUUGAUCACACUUUUUGUUAAAAAUUUACACUAAAUUCAUUACGAUUACCAUCA